AUGUCUGAAAACACCCAUCCUGGCGGCCGCGCCGCCGCCAACUUCGACCCCACGCCUUCACAUCACGAGGCAUCACCCACCUACAGCGAGGACUUCUCAGAUGACAUGGAUUCCCGACCACCCCUCAGCGACAUCAUCGCCUUGAAGCCAUUCUUUGCCGGCCAGCCCAAGUCGCUCUCCGGCAUCGCCAUCAGGGCCUUUUGCCUGGGCAUCUCCCUCGCUUUGAGUGCCGUCGCCGUUGCGGCCAUCUUGUGCUUCUCGUCCAGCCCUGUCUGGCGAGUGCCCUUCUUCCUCUUUGCCCUCUCGGCAUUUCACUUUCUGGAAUUCUGGACUACGGCUGAGCGCAAUACUCUGGUGGCCAGCAUCGACAGCUUUCUCCUGACUGCCAACUGGCCACUAUACGCCAUCGCUCACUCUGCAGCCUUCAUCGAGUGUGCUCUUGUCAACCUCAUUUUCCCCGAUCGCCACUGGGCACCCUUUGGAACUGGACCGUUGUUCCUUGGAGCUGGACUUGUCAUGGUUUUGGUUGGACAAGUCGUACGGUCAAUGGCUAUGCUUGAGGCUGGCGUCAGCUUCAACCACCAUGUUCAGAACCGAAAAAAAGAUUCCCACGAGCUGGUUACUACCGGGAUCUACUCCCUGUUUCGACAUCCAAGCUACUUUGGCUUCUUCUACUGGGGGCUGGGGACGCAGCUUGUGCUGGGCAAUGUUGUUUGCUUCUUUGCCUACGCGUACGUACUGUGGAAAUUCUUCAGCAGCAGGAUAAGGCACGAGGAGAACAAACUGAUCGAGUUCUUUGGGGACGACUAUGUCCAAUAUCGAAAGAGGGUCGGCACUAGGAUGCCAUUCAUCAGGUAG